UAGGGAGGCCAGGGUGGCCGGAGGUGAGGUCAGAGAGAAUGGGUGGGCCCUGAGGGCUCAGAGAACCCAGAAAGGAUUCGCUCUUUCUCUCUCUCAACUUAUAAAGAAAUCUAUUUCUCCCAGUUUGGAGACUGGCAAGUCCCAUAUCUAGGCGUAGGCAUCUGGCUACGACCUUCAUGUUCCAUCUUCUUGUGGAGGAAGCAAGAGGGUGAGGGAGGGCGAGAGACACAGCAAGGUUCUGGUUUUGACCCAGAGCAGCACGGUACCAUUGCACAGACACACAGUCCUUUACCUAGUCAGAACCAUCAGCUUUCCCUGGGGCACAGGAGGCUGAGGGAGGCAGCAUCUCUGACUGAGAGUAGACAGGCUUAAGGGCCUGGGGAGCCUCUUCUAGGGCCUGGUUCUUCUAUUUUCCUGGGUUCUUCCCAGCGUAUCCUGUUUGAGUGGCUGCUACAGGCCACUGUGAGCUGGGCCUGCCACCUAGUGGCCACACUCUGCCUCCACCAGGUCUUGCUGCCGGUCUGGGGUGGGCAAGGCCUGUGCUCGGUGGGCAUGAGUAGGAAUUUGGCAUGAACAGGCGGGACGGGCCUUGUCUCUUGCUAACUGAGGCAGCCCUGGAGGGGCCUGGCCGGGCUAGAACCCAGUUGCCAUCUCAGGCCACUCAGUAAGGUGUCAUUGACCAGAAAGGACGUUCCGCAGGCCUGUGGGCCCAUCUUCCUGCCCCGGAAGAUUCCCUGCUCUGCACACACAUCCUCCAGUCUCAGGGUCACUGAAGUUGGCUCACGCCCCACUCCUGGUUGCCUGAGAUCUGGGCACUGGGCCACUUCUCACCCUCCAGCCAGAGUUAAACAUUAGUGGGAGGCUGUCUGCCCGUCUCGGGGGAGGGCAGGGGAAUCACACUCACCAGUCUCCCGUGUGGAGCACCAGUUCCUGCCCGAGCCCAGACAAUGCCUGUGGAGGAGUUCAUGGCUGGCUGGAUCUCUGGAGCUCUGGGCCUGGUCCUGGGACAUCCCUUUGACACUGUGAAGGUGCGACUUCAGACCCAGACCAGCUACCGGGGCAUCAUGGACUGUAUGGUCAAGAUUUACCGCCAUGAGUCGCUCCUGGGCUUCUUCAAGGGAAUGAGCUUCCCCAUUGCCAGCAUACCUGUGGUCAACUCUGUCCUGUUCGGGGUCUACAGCAACACCCUGCUGGCACUCACAGCCACCUCCCACCAGGAGCGGCGGGCCCAGCCCCCCAGCUACACACAUGUCUUCAUAGCAGGCUGCACUGGUGGUGUCCUGCAGUCCUACUGCCUGGCCCCAUUUGACCUCAUCAAAGUCCGACUACAAAACCAGACGGAGUCAAGGGUGCAGCCAGGGAGCCCUCGACCCCGGUACCAGGGGCCCGUGCACUGCGUAGCCACCAUCUUCCGGGAAGAGGGUCCACGGGGACUGUUCCGAGGAGCCUGGGCCCUAAUGCUGAGGGACACCCCCACUUUGGGAAUCUACUUUGUCACCUAUGAAGGGCUCUGUCGCCAGUACACUCCAGAUGGCCAGACCCCUAGCUCAGCCACAGUGCUAGUGGCCGGGGGCUUUGCAGGCAUUGCCUCCUGGGUGACAGCCACGCCCUUAGAUGUGAUCAAGUCCCGGAUGCAGAUGGAUGGCCUGGGACGCAGAGCCUACCAGGGGUUGCUGGACUGCAUGGGUCUCAGUAGGUUGCUUACAGCUAUGGAGGCUGGCUUUGAACCUGUGAUCCUCCUACCUCGGCCUCCUGAGUUGCUGGGAUUUCAGGUCACACAGCUCGAAGUCACAACUUGCCUGGAUGCAUCUGGUCCUCCAAUCCCAGAGUCCAUUUCCUUUGUACCUUGCUCCACCUAGCACUUUGGCUAUCUCCAUGAGUCACCUAAGUUCCAACUGACGUAGGCCACACCUGCCAGGACUGACCCUCCAGGUGCUCAUCGGAGCCCUCCUCUGUUGCUGGCGGCCAUCUUGAAGGUUCUCCCAUGCUCAGAGGUGGCUGGGCAGGUGGCCCUGAGCAGGGCUGCAUUUGCUAGCCUCCCUCGCAGCUAGGGUUAGUUUCCUUUCUCUCUUUCUUUCUUUUUUUGGUGGGGGGUACCAGAGAUUGAACUCAGGGGCACUUAACCCCUGAGCCACAUCCCCCGUCCUAUUUUCUGUGUUUUAUUUAGAGACAGAGUCUCACUGAGUUGCUUAGUGCCUCACUUUUUGCUGGGGCUGGCUUUGAACUUGCAAUCCUCCUGCCUCAGCCUCCCGAGCUGCUGGGAUUACAGGUGUGUGCCAUCAUGCCCCGCAGGGUUAGUAUUUUGUUAGAGAAACAAAGCGAUGUGUGCAAAUUUCCCCUCACUGGCUCCAAAGGAAAAUCCUUCCAGUUGGUAGAAGUGACUAGACUGACCCUAGAAGGUUGCUGCCAAAGAUGCAGGAGGUACCCUGCUGGCCUAGAACCUGGGUGAGGCCCACAGCCCACCUCUCCGCUUCACCCCAGCUAAGCCAGAGGUAAGGGGCCAUGAGUAUAUAGUCUAUGCUAAUCCAAGUGUGUUGUGUGGCGAGCAGUUGAGCCAGGAAGAAGGUCCUGCCCACUUCACACCUGCCAAUCCAGAUCUCUGGGGACAGGGCCCAGGAAUCUGUAUUAUAGAAAGCUUUCCUGGUGAUUUUUACUCACACGAAAGUUUAAGAAUCAGUGUUCCAGGUGUUCCUGAACAGAAAUGUGCUGCCCUGUCAAGCUGAGAAAGUUGUAUGGUAGGAGCCUUUGAACUAGUUUUUAGAAAUCUCUGUUCCUCUUUUGGAAAACAUAGUCACCUUGAGACCAGUUCUCUGGUGACUUGAGACUAGCACAGCCCUUUCUGCUUUCUGCCUCAGUUUUCUCUCUGAGAUUCUCUUCGGGUAAGGCAGUUUGGGGCUGGUACAGUGCCACUGCAGUAUCAGGAGUUUCAGGCUGGACAGGGCAGUGGGGGCACAGCAGACGCUGGGCUACUGGGGCAGUCGGCUGCUCUAGGGAAGUAAACUGUGCACACGUGGAAGAGGAGAUGGCUUUUAUAAACGGCAAGGAGGGGACAGAAGAAUCUGAGUGGCCCUUUGUAGCUUGCAAUUUCUCACCAAAUGACAGCUAUGGAGAGUAAAAUCAAGGAAUCCUUAUUUUUAAAAAAUCCUUUUGGAGUAGUAAUUGUGCCUGUACAUUUGGGCUUCCAUUUUUCUUCUCUGGUUCUACCCAGAGGCCUCUCUGGCAGGGCCUGAACUCAUAAUUUAGAACGAGAGGGGUACAUGGCAGGGUGCAGGAGGGGCCACCAAGUUCCAGGUGACAGUUCUUUCCACUCACGCACAGCAGGGCUGCUAGCCGGGCUGUGAGGUCCUCAGGGUGAAGCACGGGGCCAUCUGUGGUAAAACUGCUCCUCUUGCAUGGGGGAGCGCAGGGGGAGUCAAGCACUGUUAGAAAACUGAAAAACCAACAAAGAUCAGGCAGGAAAUGACUCAAGUUUUUUCAUUCUCUUUUUCUCAUGCUGGGGAUGGAACCCAGGGCCUUCUCUGUGCCGGGCGAGCCAGCAACUACUGAGCUGCCUCCCAGGCCGGGGUUGCCGUUAUGUUCAGGAACUCUUUUUUUUUUUUUUAAGAGAGAGAGAGAGAGAGAGAGAAUUUUAAUAUUUAUUUUUUAGUUAUCGGCGGACACAACAUCUUUGUUUGUAUGUGGUGCUGAGGAUUGAACCCGGGCCGCACGCAUGCCAGGCAAGUGCGCUACCGCUUGAGCCACAUCCCCAGCCCUGUUCAGGAACUCUUGAGAGAGCAAUCUUUAAGAAAUAGGACUCUGUCGGCGAAGUGGCUUUCAGGUUACCAAGGGGCAGGGAGGCUUGGUGUACAGAGCUGGCAACUGAGACCAAUAUGUUAAGUAGAGUCCCGUAGGACUUGUGUUGUCAGAUGUCAUACUUAGUUUUAUAGCAGUGGCCGAGGAGCUCCAGGGGAGACUCAGGCAUGGAGUGCUACAGUGGCUACAUAUAAAGGGGAGAGGGCACAGCCGGGGGUGACUGGCUUAAGUAACGUUUACCACACUCACUCAACAGCUAGGCCCAGAGGACUCAAUCUCUGGAUGUGACUCCAUUGGUGUCCCCAGCCUGUCCCCAACCUGCACCAGGCCCACGCUGGUGCCUCUUGUACCCCAGAGGUGCUUCACAUUACCCCCCUAGCCUGGCCCUUCUGCAGAGCUCAAGGUCACAGGUGUCCCAAAGCAGCUGUCAUCAACACAGACCAGACACAUUUGUGUUUUUCCACAAUGUCACUAUUCAUUGAAUGACAGCACAUUGACAAGCUACACCAUUUCCACAAGGGGCAGUUCACUGAAUCCUUGUGGGUCACCUGGUUCAUAAGCCUGACAAUCACAAGUUCUUUUAUUCCCAUCUUAAUUUCUAACAUCUGUAACACUCAAGUCACCCACACCUCACACAGUGAUGUGGGUGGGAUACAGAAAGGCUAAGAGAGGGUCAAGGGAGCCACAGGGUUCAGAAGGCAGAGAGCAGAUACAAGGCAAAGAGUCCCUAGGUAGUCAGAUAAGAUUAGGAGUAGCCAAAAGCUGGUUCAAAGCAGUCGAAGCUUAGGAAGUUAUUCCAGGCCAAGGUCUGGACAGACCAGGUGGCAGUUUCCAAGUCAGUUUGGAGUGGGCCACGCGUGGCAGAAGGAACCACACUCUGCUAGAGACCAAGGGCAGAGAUUCAGAGGUUCAUCACUGUGAUUUUCCUGAUGACCAGAAGAUGGGGUGUCCAGUCUCGGGGUGCUUCUCCUUUUUUAUGGGCCUCGGGUGAAGGGGUUCCUACCUUUGGUGGUCUGGUGUGUUCAAAAAGCUCGGGAGCCUGUUUUUUUCCAAUAUGAGUUUGACACGCCCAUGCAUCCCUGUACUUCUGAUAACUCACUAGGUCAUUCUAUUAGCACAAUUAACUUAUUUAUUGCUUUAUGCCUCUCGUUGUGCCAGGCAGAUGGUGGUUGUCUACUUAUACAAACAAGAUGUGGAAUCCUUCCCCCUUGGCACUUAAGCUCACGGCAAACGACUGCUUUACAAAGUGGAGUCACUGAGGUUUAGGCACAGCCUGAAAACUGCUGUUCCAUAAGUUGUGGAGUAACUCAGAGCAGGGCAUAGCCUGCUGUCCACAGCAGCUCUCUCCUGUCCUCUCACAUCAGAAUCCCUAAGUCCUGCUGAUGUACUUUGAAGUUUCCUGGGGUCUACUCCCUCAUUUCCAAUCCUAAUAUCACAGCUCCAGUCCUGUCCUGAAUCUGAACAAAUAACUAUUGAAAUGGAAUUCUGAUCAAGUCACCCUGCUCUUCAGUGGCUUCCCUUUGCUCUAAAGAAUCAUGUCUACUCCUUUCCCCAGCCUGCAGAACCUACAUACAUUCACUUGCUCUUGUCUUGGGUCCUUAAUACUGGGCUUUCUCCCACCACAGGACAAUUUCACAUGUUCUUCUCACUACUUACGUACCUUCCACUCAUCUUUCAGCUCUAAGUUCCAUAUAGCUUCCUCUAUCUAAGUCAGAUUCCUUUGGCUUAUGUCAGAGGUUCAGAAUUACCUAGAAGUUUUGUUAAAGUACAGAUUGGUGAGUCCUACUCCUGAGUUUCUGAUUCAAUAGAUUUGUGGUGGGCCCCAAAAUUUGCAUUUCAUGAAGUUCCCAGAUGCUGCUGAUGCUGCAGGUGUGAGCCAUGAAAGCACGUGCUUUCAUGACCACCCCCCAGUCUGUAAUUACACAUUCUCCUCUGUGUGGCUCUUUGAUUAUAUCUUUCUCUCCUUUAAACUGUGAGCUCCAGGGAGCAGAGACCUUGCUUCUUUUUGCUUUAUCAUCAAAACUAGCUGCCAUGCAGGGUUAUUCAAUAAUUUGCCAUGGGGAGGUAGCGCAUGUCUGUAAUCCCAGCAACUCUGGAGGCUAAGGCAGGAGGAUCCCAAGUUGGAGGCCAGCCUGGCAACUUAGAGAGGCCCAAAGCAACUGAGCAACACCUGUCUCUAAAUAAAAAAAUAAAAAGGGCUAGGGAGGUUGCUCAGUGGUUAAGCACCACUGAAUUCAAUCCCCAGUACCAAAAAUAAAUAAAUAAAUAGAUUGAUAAACAAAUAAAAUUGUUGAAUGAAUGAAUGACAGAAGCUGGUUUUCCAGACUUCCUUUCUGGCAGGCUAGUGCUCUAGAUUUUAUGUAGAGCCCUCAUACUAUUACCAGCAGGCUUGAGCAAAGGUCCUGGAGGUCCCAAUAGACCAGGCUCGGCCACCCGUCUCACCAUGCCAGUUGAAGAGCUGAACAGUGUUAAAGGGCAGGAAAGGUCUUUAGCCAGCAUGGCCAUGCCAGGAGGACCAGAUAUAGAGAGGUACAAUGACCAGAGACCUCCCAGGGACUGACAAAAACUGAGUAUUGGUGGCUCAUGCCUUUAAUUCCAGCUGUGUGGGAGGCUGAGGCAAGAGGAUUGCAAGUUUUUUUUUUUUUUUUUUUUUUGGUGCUGGGA